CACUGUGGUGUGUGACAUGGCCACGGCCUCAUCGAGAGCAGAGUCUAGCCAUAACCACAGAGGAACAUCACAGCUCCAUGCCAUUGUUUCCUGUGCCAAAAUCAAGAGGAAGAAGAGCCUGUUUGGGACGGCCAUUUAUGUGGAGGUGACAGCGGAGGGGGAGUCGCGACGUACAGCGAAGUCCUACAGCUCCUCCAGUCCUAAAUGGGAUGAGAGGCUCACUCUGAAUGUAACACCGCACACAAAGGUGGAUUUCAAAGUAUGGAGUCACCACACCCUGAAAGCAGACGCUCUGCUGGGCAAAGCCAUGCUGGACCUGACACAAGCCUUGGAGCAGCAUGACAGAAAAUUGGAGAAUGUGAAGGAGGUGCUGAAGCUGAGCAUGGAGCAGAAAGGAGCUGUGGUAGCAACGGGGGAGCUCACCGUCUACCUGGACGGACUGACUGUCACUGACCAGGAGGAGCUAGCACCACUCACCAACGGCAAUGCAGCCAAUGGCACCAAAGUCCAACAGAACGGUGACGCCAUCCACGAAAAUGGAGACUCGUCUUCCUCUUCCUCAAGGGCUGCCAACAGCACAGUGAAUGGUACCGACUCAGAGCCUCGGUCAGGUUCCUGUUCAGCCUCCAACGGCGUGGACGGUCAGGUGCCUCCAGUUCCUGUAAGCCCCGCUCUCUCUCACAUCGUCAACGGAGACUCCACACCCAACUCCACCCCAGUCCACCAACCAUCAGACAGUGACACAGAGAGUAGGACAGUCAACGGGGAGUCCUGUGACGCUGCUCCCGGGCCAUCCCCUGCCACAACAGGUGACGCGCUGCCCCCUGCAGAUGACCACGAGGACUGCAAUCAAAGUGCCGCCCCGCCAGACUCUGACACAGCACCAAAUAGCACAUCCCAACCCCUGCCAACCUCCACACAGGCUCCAGCCUCCUCUACUGCUGCUAAGCCUACUGAUGGCGCUACUGCUGCUUCUGCUACUGCCGCUGCACCUCCUGCUGCUGCCGCUACUGCUGCUGCUGCUUCCUCCACAUUCACCUCCCCAGCCCAAGGGGGCAAUACCAUCACAAACUCCUCGUCAUCUUCCCCCCCGCCUCCAGCACUGGGAGAAACAAAUGCCUCAGGAGCAGGCGGGUCCAGCAGUAGUAGCAAUACAACUGCAACUACAGAUGGGGCCAAGCCUAGGCAGCAAGUCCCCAAUGCUGGAGCGUCAGAUCCUCUGCCACCUGGGUGGGAGCAAAGGAAAGACCCGCAUGGGAGAACGUACUACGUAGACCACAACACCAGAACUACUACCUGGGAAAGACCACAGCCACUACCACCAGGAUGGGAGCGCAGAGUGGAUGACCGGGGCAGGAUCUAUUAUGUGGACCACAACACCCGCACCACCACGUGGCAGCGUCCCACCAUGGAGUCAGUCCGCAAUUUUGAGCAGUGGCAGAGCCAGCGCAGCCAGCUGCAGGGAGCUAUGCACCAGUUUAACCAGAGAUACCUCUACUCUGCAUCCAUGAUGUCUGCCGAGAAUGAUCCUCUUGGCCCGCUACCUCCUGGAUGGGAGAGGCGUGUGGACUCCAAUGACCGAGUGUACUUUGUCAACCACAACACCAAGACAACACAGUGGGAAGACCCCCGAACUCAAGGGCUACAGAAUGAGGACCCACUGCCGGAAGGUUGGGAGAUCCGCUACACAAGGGAAGGGGUUCGCUAUUUCGUGGAUCAUAACACCCGAACCACCACUUUCAGCGACCCCCGCACUGGAAAGUCCUCUGUCACCAAAGGCCCUCAGAUCGCUUAUGAGCGAAGCUUCCGAUGGAAGCUUGCACAUUUCCGCUAUUUGUGCCAGUCCAAUGCUCUCCCUAGCCAUGUGAAGAUCACCGUCUCCAGACAGACGUUGUUUGAAGACUCUUUCCAGCAAAUAAUGGCCCUGAAGCCUUAUGACUUGAGGAGGAGACUCUAUGUCAUCUUCAGAGGGGAGGAGGGUCUAGACUACGGUGGUUUAGCCAGGGAGUGGUUCUUCUUGUUGUCCCAUGAGGUUCUGAACCCCAUGUACUGCCUGUUUGAGUACGCCGGCAAGAGCAACUACUGUCUGCAGAUCAACCCGGCCUCGGCCAUCAACCCAGACCACCUCUCCUACUUCUGCUUCAUAGGCCGCUUUAUUGCAAUGGCACUUUUCCACGGCAAGUUCAUUGACACAGGCUUCUCCCUGCCUUUCUACAAACGCAUGCUGAACAAGAAGCUAAUCCUCAAAGACCUGGAGUCCAUCGACCCAGAGUUCUACAACUCACUCAUAUGGAUCAGGGACAACAACAUUGAGGAGUGUGGCCUGGAGAUGUACUUCUCAGUGGACAUGGAGAUCUUGGGGAAGAUCACUUCCCAUGACCUCAAACCUGACGGCACCAACGUGCUAGUCACUGAGGAGAACAAGGAGGAGUAUAUCAGUUUAAUGGCAGAGUGGAGGUUCUCCCGCGGGGUCGAAGGUCAGACCAAAGCUUUCCUGGAUGGCUUCAAUGAAGUGGUUCCACUUCAGUGGCUCCAGUACUUUGAUGAAAAGGAGCUGGAGGUGAUGUUAUGUGGCAUGCAGGAGGUUGACCUGCAGGACUGGCAGAGGAACACAGUGUAUCGGCACUACACCAGGAACAGCAAACAGAUCAUCUGGUUCUGGCAGUUGGUGAAAGAAGUUGACAACGAAGUGCGUCUGCGGCUCAUGCAGUUUGUGACUGGAACCUGCAGACUUCCUCUGGGCGGCUUUGCUGAGCUCAUGGGGAGUAACGGGCCUCAGAAGUUCUGCAUUGAGAAAGUGGGGAAGGAUACAUGGCUUCCUAGAAGCCACACAUGUUUUAACCGCCUGGAUCUGCCUCCUUACAAAAGCUUCGACCAGCUGAAAGAGAAGCUUCUUUUCGCCAUCGAGGAAACAGAAGGAUUCGGCCAAGAAUAGAGGGAGGAGUCUUGUUGUCAUCUCCCUCCUCUCCCCAUUGCUGUUCAUUCAGCCAAGUAAAACAAACAAACAAACAAACAAAAAAUUGCACAAGAUAACCACCAAUGUAUAUAAGCUAUUUUAUCAUUUUAAACCAAAUCUUAAUUUGCAGCAUCAUUUUUGCCGCAAACCUGCCCCCCUCCCCCUUAGCCCUUAUAUAUGAUAUAAUACCCCAUCAUGAAAUAUGCAAGCAUUUCAGCAUUUUUGCUUUUCUGUUUAAAAACAGAAAUCAUGGAUAUUUUUGAAAAUGUUUCCUCCCCACUGCUGGCUGGCUUUUUAAAAGAGACUGAAAGUGUUUUUGAGAGGAUUUUAUAGUUGAAGCGGCAAUCUUCUUUUAAAGCUCUAGUUCUAUAGAGCUUUUAAAAGGCGAGUGUAGUGUCGGGGUCCGGUGCCUGAAUUUUUUUUUUCUUCCUUCCCUCCUCCCUGUCGGACUCGUAGUAAUUGUUGCAAUUGUUUUUUUUGCGUGCUUGCAUGGCUGCCUCUGAAGAUGAGAAGACUGCUGUGACCACCCUUCUUCUUCACCACACACAUAAACACAAGACAUCUUGGAUUAAUCUGUCACUUCAUCAGCUUUUGUUUUUUUUUACCGUCAUCAUCAAAAAGGCACAGUGUUCAGGAUGGACUGAUCUGAAGCAGAGCAUACAUUUUUUUUCCUCAGUGAGAUUCUGGACACCAGAACAGACAAAGAAGCAUCAUCGGGUUAAAGUAAAAAAAAAAAAAAUCCUGAACUUCCUGGAGAAAAGCUACUAUAUCAAAAGGAAUAUGGAGAGUAUGGGGGGAAAUACACUUAAUGGAUUUGAAAGAGUGAACUGUGAGUGUGUGUGUGUGAGUGUGGUGGCGGCGGCGGCAGAGGCAGCAGGGCUUGUGGUUUAUGUUCCAGGCCACCUCGACUACAGCCCGCUGCCACACCGAAGCACUGAGAGAGAAGAAGAGCUUCAGAUGGGCUGAUAAAAACACCAAGAUGACACAAAAAACAAUUCUGUGGCUCAAUUGUUGGGAUGCACUCGGCUGAUUCUCCUUCCUUUUUGAGUUCAUGAUCCGGGUCUAUAAAGUAGUCUCCUGUCCUAAAACCAUACUGUGGUUUAAAGAGCACAAACAUGAUUCUGAUAACAUUUACAUCAAUCCUCAACAGACUAACCAUAAAUAUUAUAGUCAGCGUAUUAUAACUAAAGAAUUUCUUUAUUCAUAUAGUAAUCAUUAACCAAUCACAACCAAAGCCAGUGCUCCACUGCAUCGUUGCCUUUAAUUUGUCAGUAAAUGUCCUCUAAAGUUCCAUGGAUGUAUUUUUUUUUUUUUAAUUCAAUUUUUUUGUAUGAAUUGGUCAUGAAUGAUCAUGAAGUAGAUUAGAGGCGCUGCACUAUCAAAUUGUCUUGAUUAAGAGCAAUAUAAAAUAUAGAGAUAUUGCAUGCAGGUGGCACAAAGUGGUGGCUGGUCAGACAACAUGAAAUAAGAGUUCAACACAGUUUUUUGGGGGCUUCUGAAAGUAUUUACUGGGUACAAAUUGUUAGGAAAUAACAAUCUUGUCUUAAAAAGUGUGUAUCUGAUGUUGGGCUGUGUAGUUAUCAGUGAGAGUGUGAAACGUGCUGAGCCCUGCUCCUCCUCUUUCCUAAAAUUCAUUCAUUCAGACUAUGUUCAUUUUAAGGGUUUUGCCUUGAGGUGAGAGAGCCUUCAAUAAAUCGGCAAAGGUGAGGCUGUUUGGAGAAUAAAUGAGCUUAAUUUACAUAUAAAUAUGAAUUAAAAGACUCCAUUAAUGAGAUACUAGCAUGCCACAGACCAAAUAAAGUGCAAACCUUCAACAAUGUCUCCUCCUUAGCAGUUUGGAGACAUACACGGCAACAAGCAUCGCUACAUGUUGUUUUUGUUUUUGCACCCCCUACUUCCUAUCUUUCCAUAAAAUGCUUCAGGGGACACACCCUUUGUUUAAAAAAAAAAAAAACAACAAACUAAAACAUCACAUCUAACUCCAUUGUUUUCUAAAAGACAACUCUGGUGCUUAUUCUUUCAGUCGGUGGUCUUAACACAGGUGGGGAAACAGCUGUGGCAGUGGCAGGCCAUCCUUCUCGUUUUUUCCAGCAUUGUUUUUUCAGACCACUGCAAACGGCAGCAAGCUGCUUUAGACUUUUUAUUUUUUUUUCUAGGAGGAGCUCGUGACUAGUGAAGUUAUCAGUCAGUGUAUAUACCAUGUAAUUCAGCUGUCCCUGUGGAAGAGCUGCAAGGAGGGACGACAGUAUGAAGAGAAAACAUUUACUGUAGCAAAAGGAGCCGACUUUUUCAAACAAAGUCCAAACUGCAUAACUCUGUGCUUCCUUUUGAACAGAAACUUGUAAUCAAAGAAAAUCAACUGUGUAUGUGAAUAUUCAUUGUAUAAAGAUAAUGAAAGUAAAUAAAAGUACUUAAAUAUUAUAAUUAAUUACACAGAGCCGCCGCUCCAUUGAUGGAAAUCUGUGAUGCCUUUUGUUCUUAUCAGAAAUUGGGACGUUUCAGGUUGCCUUCAUCGUGGCCAGUCACUAGAUGGAUAGGUGUUUUCCCUCAAGGCAAAGCUGAUUGAUGAUACUGUCUAUCAAUUCAGUGUCAGGUCAGUAACAGAACUUUCUACUGUGCCGGCUGCGGUUUAGGCCAUCUGAAACGCACCCAGACUGUAACAUAUCGCGUGUAGAUACACACUGUAAACACCAACUACACUGUACAGAAUGCCCCUUUACCGGAGAUGAUGUGUAUAGAAGAUUCAUUUUUAAUCUGCUUUCACCCAUUUUAAAUGAAGAGAGAUGGAUUUAUGAGAUACAAAUAAAUAAGUGAAUAAACCCCCCCCCCCUCCUCCAUGACCGUGCUUUCUUUUCUUUGUUAUGUGAUUAUCAGGGGAUGAGAGGAACCUCUGCUCAGGAUUCACAACUAAACUGUUGGCAUUUUUUUGUUUUUUUUGUUCUGUUAUUGAAGAAAAAUAAAAACAAUGUGCUCUUAGUUUAUCCUUUUUUUUGUUGUUUUGAUUGGAUCUUGCCUGUGGAAAGAAGCAUAUUUAAUAAAUGUAUCUGAACAUCUUUA